GAUAUAAUGAACGGCCAGCUUCGAGUGUUUAAAAGUAUCCUGAUGCGCACAGGCAGGAACGCGCUCUUGUGGUGAGCGCACUCUAGGUUCCAUAGACGAGCCGACCGAGCGGAACUUUCACGAUGGGCUGGCCUUAUCGCUUUCUGGAUCUCAACCCCGAUGAGAAGAGCCAUCGUCGGGAGCUCCUCGCUCAAUAUGCCUUCUUGUCGCAAACCUCGGUUUUGAUCCCGAUAACUGGCUAUGGAAUCUAUCGGCUGUGCACAUGGCUCUUUGCUGGGAAAGGGGCCUACUCGGCAUUGAGGCCAUCGCCCGGCAGCACCGAAUCAACCCGAGAGCUCAAAGGGGUCUCGUUCCAAGUGCUUGCCCGUCGCUGGAGGUCAUUGCAGUGGUGGCUGAAUGGAGAAGUGGCUCCGAACUGGGGAUUGAGAGGUCGUUGGAUUGCUGCCAUCGUCUGGACUUCGUGGCUGCUGGUUCUCUGUUUUCUUCAGACUGGCCACGACUACCUCCAUGUAACGAAGCGCUUUGGCGGUGUUGCCGCAGCUCAGAUGCCUUUUCUAUUUCUCUUAUCCAUGCGCACUCGAUUUUCCCCGCUUGUUAUCAUACUUGGUUCCUCACAUGAGCAGCUUGUUCAUUGGCAUCAACUCUGUGGCCGAAUCAUCAUGAUCCUCCUGGUCCUCCACGGAACAUGGUAUAUCAACUACUUCGUUCAGAACGGGAUUCUUGCGGAUCGUCUACAACAUCGGCACUCUCUCACGGGACUAAUAUCGCUAUCUUUGAUGGCAGUAACCGCAGGCACAAGCCUCGAAAGAGUUCGUCGAUGGAGUUACCGCGUGUUUAUUUACUGCCAUAUCUCCAUUGGAUUGGCGAUUUGGCCGAUCCUUCUACUCCACGCGAAGCCACUCCGACUGUACGCAGCCGAAGCACUGACAUUGUUCAUAAUCGAUCGAGUGCUUCGAUACCUGGACACGGUCACGGAACCGGCUACCCUUGAGCGAGUUCCUGAAACAGAGCUGCUGAGGAUCUGGUUUCCCAUGACCUCGGCCAAGCUGGCUCGAUUUCAAGCAAAACCGGGCCAGCACGUUUAUCUGUCCAUUCCCUCCGACCUCAUCUGCACUGGUAGCAAAGGCCUGCUUUCCAAUCCAUUCACGGUGUCAGAGGUCACUGCCAGCGAAAUAGUGCUUGUUCUUCGAGCCCGACGUGGUCCCACAACGCAAACACUACAGACUCACGCGGAUCGCUUCAAGAUCCACCGGUUGAUCUGUAUAGAGGGUCCCUACGGGGGCAAUUUACCAGUCGCAGAGCUUAUCUCUGGUGCUGGCCGUAUCCUCCUUGUAGCAGGAGGUAUCGGAGCGACGUUUAUUCUACCAAUUUAUUGGGCUUUGCGAGAGCAACUGGAGCUAGAGGCCGGGGGCUCCGACCGACUCCAUUUCGUCUGGGCCCUCAGGUCAUCUGCAGAGGCCGAUUGGGCUACGGAUUCCGAGAAACAGACAUUCAGCCAGAGCUCGAAUGUUCAAAUUCACUUGACGCGGAAUCGCUUCAUGGGAAAUACUCUGAACCUCGCAGCUCAGGAGGAAGGCACAGAGAUGGAUGAAUUACGAGAAUCUGACGACACCAUCGGGGGAAUAAAACCACUCGCCGGCCGACCGGAUUUGAAGGAUAUCGUCGAUGAAACAUUUAGCUAUCAUGCGGAUGAGCACGUCGCGGUGAUCUUCUGCGGUCCUCGAGGCAUGGGCCGGGAGUUACGGGGUCAUAUCGGCAAAUGGGUAACUAAGGGCCGAGAGGUCAUCUGGCACGAAGAGAGCUUUGGAUGGUAAUUUGAAUACUCUAUAUGACCAGUAACGAUUAAUCCAUGACUCGACGGAAUUCAAAAUCGCAUAUCAUAGUUUCUCCAAGCGAUCUAGCGCUUUAUACUUGGAGCCAUCUCUCAUAUUGCGCAACCGCCAGAGCAGUCAUCAAGACCAACUCCCGAAUAUUAUCCGUCUCGAUCUCCUUAUUCUUCUCAAUGCCCUCGCAGCAAAUGAUACCAUUUCGAUUCAUCACUGCCAGAACGGGACCCCCAAAUGAACCGGGAUCUGCGCAGUUGGAAGAGCGUUUCACCCGACAAAUGCGGGUAUCGAUGUCCAUAGCGAAGGGAAGAUCAUCGGGGACGCCGUUCAUCAGUUCAGGUCGUGAGCUAUGGUAGAACAUCCACACAAGACUCGCCGCAUUGGAUUUACUAUACGAGUCUUUCUGAUCAUAUUCGCGCGUAAAAUCAUGGUGGUCGAUGUCGAUUUCGUUGAAUUUCCAGCGCUCGCCGUUGGCCAGGAUCACUCUUCCACGGUAUGAAAAGCAUACAGAGCAGCAAAAGUAGCCUGGGCG